GUGCGCUCUUUUAGGGCUCAGCUCCUGGAAGGUGGAGUGUGUACCGGCCCCGGGUUCGAAGGCAGGCGGCGAGAUGAGGCGGGCGCCAGCGUUCUUGAGCGCAGACGAGGUGCAAGACCAUCUCCGCAGCUCCAGCCUCCUCAUCCCUCCCCUGGAGGCCGCACUGGCCAACUUCUCCAAAGGUCCGGACGGAGGGGUCAUGCAGCCGGUGCGCACCGUAGUGCCUGUGGCCAAGCAUCGAGGCUUCCUGGGAGUAAUGCCAGCCUACAGUGCGGCUGAGGAUGCACUCACCACCAAGUUAGUCACCUUCUACGAGGGCCACAGCAACACCGACGUCCCCUCCCAUCAGGCAUCAGUGCUUCUCUUUGAUCCCAGCAAUGGCUCCCUGCUGGCGGUCAUGGAUGGAAAUGUCAUAACCGCAAAGAGAACAGCAGCCGUGUCUGCCAUCGCCACGAAGUUUUUGAAACCCCCAGGCAGUGAGGUGCUGUGCAUCCUUGGGGCUGGAGUCCAGGCGUACAGUCACUAUGAGAUCUUCACAGAACAGUUCUCCUUCAAGGAGGUGAGAAUGUGGAACCGCACCAGGGAAAACGCAGAGAAGUUUGCAAGCUCAGUGCAAGGAGAUGUUCGGGUCUGUUCAUCAGUGCAGGAGGCUGUGACAGGUGCUGAUGUCAUCAUCACAGUCACCAUGGCAACGGAGCCCAUUUUAUUUGGUGAAUGGGUAAAGCCGGGGGCUCACAUCAAUGCUGUUGGAGCCAGCAGACCUGACUGGCGAGAACUGGAUGACGAGCUCAUGAAGCAAGCAGUGCUGUAUGUGGACUCCCGGGAGGCUGCCCUGAAGGAGUCAGGAGAUGUUCUGUUGUCAGGGGCUGACAUCUUUGCUGAGCUUGGAGAAGUGGUUUCAGGAGCAAAGCCUGCGCACUGUGAGAAGACCACGGUGUUCAAGUCUUUGGGGAUGGCAGUGGAAGACCUGGUCGCAGCCAAAUUAGUGUAUGAUUCUUGGUCAUCUGGCAAGUGAGCUGAAGACGCUGUGCCUGAGCUGGACGUCACAGCGUUCCUGGACGUGACAGCUCGAACGCUGUCUCACGAUGUCUAAAUCAAAGGAGGCCCCGUCCCCAGGGAAUGGUAGUGAUUGUCAUUAAGUACUGAUAUCCCUAUUCAUGUCUGUAGUUGAACAGCUAAACCAGGUUACCAUUUCUUCUGUUAAAGGGUGAUGGCCACAUUAUCUACCCUUGAUCUUACUAGCCUUGUAUGUUUCUGAAAUAAAUCAUUUCCAGUUCUUCGUGAUUCCUUUGACAACUUCCUGUGGAAGGAAUAAAGAUGUCAAAUGCUCACUCA